UGGAACUAGCUGCUAAGCUACAGGCUAAGGGGUUAGCAUCGGCGUAUAUGUGCAAGAUAGCGAGGUUAAAUACACAUUAUACGAAAGAUGUCUGGAAGCGCAGGAGAGUGGUGUCUGAUGGAGAGUGACCCCGGGGUCUUCACGGAGCUAAUAAAAGGGUUUGGAUGCAAAGGAUCCCAGGUUGAAGAGAUAUGGAGUAUGGAGCCAGAGAACUUUGACAACUUGAAACCAGUCCACGGGUUGAUUUUCUUGUUCAAGUGGCAGCCAGGUGAAGAGCCAGCAGGAUCAAUCGUCCAGGAUUCAAGACUUGAUCACAUCUUCUUCGCAAAACAGGUCAUUAACAACGCUUGUGCCACCCAGGCGAUAGUCAGCGUCCUGCUCAACUGCACCCAUUCUGACAUGUUGCUCGGAGACACACUGACAGAGUUCAGAGAGUUUUCACAGAGUUUUGACGCUGCUAUGAAAGGUUUGGCUCUUAGCAACUCUGAAGUGAUCCGACAAGUUCACAACAGCUUUGCCAGACAGCAAAUGUUUGAAUUUGAUGCAAAGUCGUCAGCAAAAGACGAGGACGCCUUUCACUUUGUGAGCUAUGUUCCCGUCAACGGCAGACUAUAUGAGCUGGAUGGACUUCGAGAGGGACCAAUUGACCUGGGUGCAUGCACCCAGGAUGACUGGAUCAGCGCAGUUCGCCCAGUGAUCGAGAAAAGAAUACAAAAGUACAGUGAAGGAGAGAUCCGAUUCAACCUAAUGGCCAUCGUGUCAGACAGAAAGAUGAUUUACGAGAGGAAAAUCUCAGAGCUGCAGCUGCAGCUUACUGAGGACGAACCAAUGGACACAGAUCAAAGCAGCACAUUUCUUAGCUCCAUUCAGUCAGAGAUUGCCAAGUACCAACUCCUUAUUGAAGAGGAAAAUCAGAAACUUAAAAGAUAUAAGAUUGAAAACAUUCGACGAAAGCACAACUACCUUCCUUUCAUCAUGGAGCUACUGAAGACACUGGCAGAGUACCAGCAGUUAAUACCUCUGGUGGAGAAGGCGAAGGAGAAACAGAGCGCCAAAAAAGCCCAGGAGGCCAAGUGAACAGCAACACACACUUCAGAGAGAAGCUUCUAAUUACACACACACACACACAAAACCACACACACAUCCAGAAGCCCACAGGCACUCUUUCAUCAGUGAGCCUCACACAGAUACCGUCAUCUGUCAUACUCAUAUUAAUGACCACGGAUGUUCUGCGGCACUCCCUCACUGUGGUACCUGCGAAACCAUCCAAACUUAAAGAACUGCACUGCAGGUGUAGCAGAGACUGUCCAGCAAAAAAUACUCUCCAUGUGUGUCCAUCAGCUCUAAUGCAUGAUUGAAGGAAAGAUGUGCUCAAAUUAUGUUCUGUCUUAUUUUCAUAAUAAAAUGUCUAGAUGUU